AUGCUUCUCACUCGUUUAUGGCCUCUACUAUGGCUAGGCCAUGUUCUGGCAUUGGUGGUGGUGGAUUCUUCAAUUGCAUCAGCUUGUGUGUACUAUAUGAAAGGGUUUGACUGGGGCUGCAACUCUACUGGCCAGGGCCAUAUGGCUUAUAUGUGCCGGUGUGGGAACGUGGAUUGGCUUGGGUCUAUCACAAAUUGCAUUUAUGGUCAGACAGACGACCAGGGAAAGAUAGACCAUGCUUUGGAACAUAUGGUGACGAGGUGCUGGCAAAAGGGCCAUUUUCGGUAUACGGUGGAUGAAAUGAAGGCAUGGAAGAGGAACGCUACGGAGCACCUCCAGCCUGCUACCGAGAAGAAUAAGGAUGAAAGAACGUACCAUCCGUUGUCGAUCAACGAAACGGAUUUUCAGGUUUAUAUGCGUUCUUUUGAUGAGAUAAACCAUCAUGUGUUUAAAUCUCAAUGGCUUGGCUGGGGCCUUUUAUGGUACUGGGUGUUUGUCAUUGGAGUGCUUUCGGUGUUUCACCUUCUGAAAACGUACCUCGGCUUGGAAUUGUGUCCAAGAACGGUUUCUCAAGUAUUGACGAAAUACCUUACGCCAAUACGCUUAUGGGGCUACACUUUUGGCGAUAUACUUAUCAUGGGUCUCUUUUUGGUGUUUACUGUAUUGGCUACGGCGCUUUCAUAUACGGUCCAGUUGCCCAAUGUGUACAUGAACGAUGUGUACUUUUUGACGCUAGACUUGAUUGGGUACCGUUCGGCAAUUAUAUCGUUUUCGUUGCUUCCGGUGGUAUUCAUGUUUGGUCUUAGAAAUAACCCAUUUACAUGGAUGACGGGUCUUCCCAUGGCUGAGUUCAUUAAGUACCAUACCUACGUCGCCAUCAUUAUGUCAAUUGAAGCCCUUAUCCAUUCCGCAGUUUGGACAGAUUUUGCAAUCAACGAUUCGGGCCUACUGGCAUGGGCCAUGGACGACUACUGGAGAUGGGGAGUCGUUGGAACGGUACUUAUAUUCCUCAUGAUAGGCCAGAGUUUCCAGCCGGUUAGAAACUUCAUGUAUGAGACCUUUUUGGUUAUUCACAAGGUCUUUGCAUGGUUAUUUAUUGUCUCCAUGUGGUAUCACUGUAUCAUCUUGGGCUGGAUGGGCUGGGUGUAUGCCAUGAUUGCGCUUACUGUCUAUGACCGUGUGAUGAGAUGGAGCAAGAUGUUCAUCCUUAAUCGUGGCCUUACGGAGCUUUGCAUUAACGUUAUUGAUGAGAAGACACUAGAGCUUGUUUUCCCCAAACCACUCGCUUACGAUAUGGCCUACAAACCUGGAAGUACUGUUUACGUGACGUUUUUCCAUACCAAGAUCUGGAGCCAGUGCUUGCAAUCGCAUCCCUUUUCUAUUGUUUCCUCGCCAACUACAUCGCCAGAGGUUUUGAAAAUGUAUGUCAGAGUCAGAAAGGGAGCCACCAAAAGCUUGCUUCGUCUUCCUACAGACGAAAAGGGGAAAAUCUGGUUAUGGUGUCUUUUAGAUGGUCCUUAUGGCGGCAAGACUAUCAAGCAUAAGGAGAAUGAUGAUCGACUUUUCAUUGCUGGCGGUCUUGGUGUUUGCAGUGUGCUUCCGUUCUUAUUCAACGAUCCAAAAGGAGCCAAACUCCAAUGGGUUGUCAACGGAAUGAGGGAGAUUGCUUGGAUGCGCAGGGAUAUAAGGUACCUUCGAGAGAGAGGAGCUGAAGUGGAGGUUUUCGUUCGUGAAGCAAACACAGAAGAGCACAAGCUUGAUGAUGAGAAGAUGCAGUUUAUUAAGUUAAUCGACAGCAGACCUGACGUUGGUGAAUGGGUCGCUCAACGAGCUGAAGCUGCCAGGUCAAGCUCCAAAUCAGACUUGUACGUUUAUUCUUGUGGACCAGGCGUCAUGGACGAGCAGAUCAGAAAUAGUUGCAUGAACCAGAUCAAGGUUGGUCUGGGAUUCAGUGUCCACCACAGGUCUAUGAACUACCAGUGGUGA